GCUGUAGGAACUUACUACUCCACCCCUCACUCUCUCAAAUCUCUUAGUGGUUUUUCUGAAGUUAUUGGGGGUUUCUAAAAUAGGAAGUUUAGGCUCAGUUGCAUGUCCACAGCCUGUAAGCACCACUUCCUAUACAGUGAGCACAGAAGAAGGAAGGGCUGGGGACAGUUACAAGUUCACAAGAAGGAACCAAAGAUCAGCCUGAGAAAGCCCAGAGUUAAGGCUCUUAGGGUUCCUGAGAGCUCAGCUGGAAGUGACUGGAUGACAAGGCACACAGGCUCAGUUGUGGCAGCUCCAUCAUGAUUCCACAGGUAGUGACCAAUGAGACCAUCACAACACUUUCACCAAAUGGAAUCAACUUUCCCCAAACAGAUGAACCCCAGCCUACCCAACAGAGGCAAGACAGCCUGAAGAAACAUCUAAAGGCUGAGAUCAAAGUGAUAGCGGCAAUCCAGAUCAUGUGUGCUGUGACAGUGUUGGCUCUGGGAGUCAUUUUGGCAUCUGUUCCUCCUGUCCCAUAUUUUAACUCAGUGUUUUCUGUCCUGUUAAAAUCUGGGUACCCUUUUAUAGGAGCUUUGUUUUUUAUUGUCUCUGGAAUUUUGUCCAUCAUUACGGAAAGAAAGUCAACAAAACCUUUGGUAAAUGGCAGCCUGACUCUGAACAUCCUGAGUGUUUCAUUUGCUUCCAUGGGCAUCGUUAUCAUCUCUGUCAGCCUGGCUGGUUUGCAUCCUGCCUCAAAACAGUGCAAGCAGAACAAGGAUCUUAGUCUAACUGAGUAUGAGUACUACCAAACUUUCUACAAGUCAGACUGGAGUCAAUGUGCUGUCACCAUGUCUGUCCUGGCGGGAGCCCUUUCAGUGAUGCUGAUCAGCAGUGUGUUGGAGUUUGGUCUGGCUUUGCUCUCUGCCAUGCUGUGGUUGAGAGAGCGUGUUGUGAUUUCCCUUGGAAUAUGAUUUUCCUGUCUUAUAACUCCAAUAAUGAAGCCAACAUGGAAUCAAAGGCACUUUUAACCCUGCAUAUUAGGAAUGAUUGGAUUAUUUAAGAAAAACAAAACAAAACUGAACUAAACUAAACUAAACUAAAUACCCAAAACAAGUGGGAACUAUACAGCAGAGGAUAUGUCUUCAUGAUAAUGUAGAAAAUCCAACCAUCACAGGGUAGCAGUGCUUGCUACUUAAAAUGUAGACUGUUUAUACAGUGGUUACCAGUAUGAGUUGAAUGGGUGUGUUAGUGGCACCCUGUUGCAUCCCCAGGCUGACUCAGACCUCUGCAGCCACUGGCUCAGGCCACCAGCCCUGGUUCUUUACGACUUGCCAAGUCAGCUCUAUUGUGCUCCUGCCACUGCUCUCCAGAACAAUAGCCUCAGGGCAGACACCAUAAGUUCUGAGAUUCUCCAGAGACAGCAUUCCUGAGGAUCCUCCUACAGGCUCGCACCUGAACUAGGCCCCAAGACUGGGGCUGGGGGGAAGGGUUUUUCCCAUGCUUUAUAAACUCGGUACUUCAUUAAACAUGGGGCUUUGAACAGAAUCCUUUGUCUUGGCCCAGUUCUUUCCCAACGUCUUUUCCCUUCCCCGGCUUGCCUUCCAGGACAGACCCGGUUUGGAGUGUGGCCGUGGGCGGGCACACUCAGCACC